GUAGCCGCCGUGUUCGGAUCUAGCAUUAUAGGGGAAGCCCGAAUCAGUCCUUGUGACAUCCUACCGUUCCUCUUGUCUCUACGCUCGUGAAGUGCAGACGGGACAGCAAGAAUGCCUUCCUCAUCCUCUCGUGAGGCUCAGGAUAGAGCAGAGAGGGAGAGACUGCUGCCGAACGAGAACGAGCGCAAUGGUCCCGACAAUCAACGAACCCCAAGCUCGUGGUGGACUCCUCGAAUGUUUUCCGGGUGCAACGAUCCGAAUUCGGUAGAGGAGGACGAAGAGGAUGGUGUACCAUCACGCUAUCCAAAGCGAUCAAGCAGCAAAUUCUGGAUCCAAUCCUCGACUUACCUUGUUAUCCUCGUCACUGGAAUUUUCCUGGGUCUCGUGGCGUCAAAGAUGCACAGAGAGAUCAAGGCGUCUCGAGGCAACGGAUUCCCCACAGAAGCAGGAUAUCCCAAGAUACCUCCUCCGAGCGGUCUUCCGAGACCUCCCGCAUACCUUGUCAAUGGGACACACGGCGCAGUCGCUUCCGAAGAGGUGACCUGUUCGAACCUUGGUCUAUCCAUUCUUAAAGAUAAAAACGGCACGGCUGUAGAUGCCGCUGUCACUACGGCUCUAUGCGUCGGACUCCUGAACGCCUUUGCAUCUGGUAUCGGAGGUGGAGGUUUCAUGGUCAUUCGAAUCCCAGAACAUUCCCCGCUACCUCACCACAAAGCUCGAGAGGCCGGGAUCUGGGCCGUUGACUUUAGGGAGACGAGUCCGGCCAAAAGUCAGAAGGAGAUGUACGGGGAGAAAAAGGCAGGAAGAGUGGCUGCUCAGAAUGGCGGAUUAGCCAUUGGCGUGCCUGGAGAGCUCAGAGGUCUGGAAAUGGCACACGAGAUGUACGGGACCUUGCCUUGGGAGGAGCUGGUCAUGCCUGUCGCUGAGCUAGCUAAACGAUAUCAAGUUAGUAGAAUCCUAGCGAAGCGUAUAAGGUCCAUGGGUGAAUCCUGGAUGAAGAACUUUGACGCGUGGAAACAAGUCUAUGCACCGGAUGGUCAAUUCGUCGUCGAGGGCGAUUGGAUCGCACGGAAGAAUUAUGGAAAGACCCUCGAGACAAUUGCCAGGCACGGCGCUUCUGCCUUCUACGAGGGUGAAAUAGCCAAGAAGAGCGUUAGGACCAUCCAAGGAUACGAUGGAAUAAUGGAUGAGGAAGAUCUCAAGAGCUUCAAAGCUCGUCGAUACCCUGCCAUUCAUCAGACAUACCAUGGGAAGACGAUCUAUACAACCUCGGCGCCAACAUCUGGAGGUGUCAUGCUUGGAAUCUUGAACCUUCUCGAACCGUACAACUUCCAAGAGUCAUCUUGCCUGGAUUCUCACAUCAAUCAGCAUCGCCUGGUAGAGGCCAUGAAAUUUGGAUUUGGGGCCCGAUCGGAAGUCUGUGAUCCUGCCUUUGCGCAAAACGCCUCAAGAUUCGAUGAAUUUUACUCGAAGGAAUGGGCAGACGCUAUCCGACCCUUGAUCACCGAUAACACGACACACGACUACAAAUACUAUGGUCUCGUUCAUGACACACCAAUUGAUAAAGGAACUACGCAUCUCAGUGUCGUUGACCAGUGGGGCGGGGCAGCCAGUGUGACCAGCACGGUCAACGGAAUAUGGGGAAGCAAGGUCAUGGAUCCUGAGACGGGUAUCAUCUUCAACAAUGAGCAGGACGACUUUGCAAUUCCUGGUGCAGCGGAUCAGUUUGGCCUCCAGCCCAGCCCUUGGAACUACCCGGCACCGGGGAAGAAACCUCUCUCGUCCACCGCUGCCACUAUUAUACUCAACGACGAUGGCUCACUGCACGCGGUUUUGGGCGGCUCCGGCGGAUCACGCAUCUUCCCUUCCAUUGUUCAAGUCAUUCUAAACCUUGAAUGCGGAUACGACAUCUCGGCAGCGAUCGAGAGACCGAGAAUACAUAAUCAAAUCGUCCCUCAGAUCACUACGAUCGAAGUAGGACCAGAGGGGGAAGACAAGGGGUUGUCGAAGUCACUCAGAGCGAAAGGUCACGAGUUGUUGCUGUUCGACGUCAAUCUGGGUAUCGCAGAAGUGCAAGGAGUCAUCCUGGACAAUGGAACUUUAUGGGCUGCUAGUGAUUCAAGGAAGCAUGGUGUCGCCGCUGCGUACUAAGGCACUUGGGCGAGUGUGAAUCAAUCUCGUGUGGGUUGAGAUGCCAUGCAUGGGA